GUCCUGAUCACGAAGGUAACAUAGACACAACCCUGCUAGUGUGCCUUGAGGGCCGAGGAGGUUGGGAUGGAAUGCCUGCUGCUGGUUCGUGUCACUGCUCAGCGUGCUUCCCGCUGCUGUUGCCCGCCAGGAUCAUCUAACCAAUGCCACAGACGGCUACAGACGCCUCAGAAUCACCCUCCCCUGCGAGUGAGCGGCUGUGGCCCGGCCUGUCCCUUAUUCCCAAUUUCAGUUUUGAUAAAAUCACCGCUAAGCGGCUUCCGUAGCGUCUCUCUUGUUAUCCAUAGCAACCAGCUCUCCCUCCCCCGCCCGUAUGUGACAGCUGUCUUCGCCAACCACAGCUGCUUCCCUACGAGGGAGAAUCAGUUACACCAAUCAGAGACUCGAGCUUAUCUGGAGGCGGCAGCAGCAGCGGGGACCCAAACAGCCCAACCGGGUUCACGUCAUCAUCGGGGACACUAUCAGCACAGACACGACAGACAGAUAGGGAGUGGAGCCCGAGCACAUCAUCAACCUAACAGCUGCAGUCAAACAUAAGGUGUCAGCAUGGGGCUCAGUGUCUGGAAGGAAGGGAUUCAUUUAAAACAACAGACAUUGUCCUGUUGAGAAAUAAACAGCUAGAAAUAUGGACAGAAUGACAGUCCUUUCUCAGACCCACACUACUGCUAAUAAAGUUAUAAGACCAGUGUCACUCAGGCAUGUCAAGGAAGAACUUUCUGAUAUGAGUAACAUCUCUGAGCUCCGCUGCAAACUCAACAAGGCUAAAUCUGAGAGUUUAGAACUGGCGAUCAAGCAUAAUGAAGAGUUGUCAUCUUGUGAAAGCCGGUUUGCCAAGCUACGGUCUGAGUUUGAGAAAGGGGAAGCGAUUCGCCAGGGUCUAGAAUAUGAGUUGGCAACGGCAAGACAGCAGUUUAGUAAAGAAAGAAUGGCACUGGAAGAGGAGAAAGCAAACUCCUUUAGAAUACAAGAGCAUUUUAAAGCACAGAUAGAAGAACUCCACAGAAAGAUCUACAGCAUUGAGGAGCAUUUUCAGACAACCCAGUUCAGUUGGCAGGAUGCACAGAAAGCUUUUGAAAAGGAUUUGAAAGAUCGAGACCAUGCUGUGGAAGCCUACAAGAAAGAGCAGGAGACACUGAUGUCAGAGAGGAACAAGCUGGAAGCAUUAAUUCAGAAGCAGAAUGUAAUAAUCUCUGAGCUGCAACAAAAGCUGCACCAGUCAGACAGAGAAAAGGAUCACCACAUGGAUACGUUAAGGCGACACAAAAGUGAUCUUGGGUUUAGCCUUGAAAGAGAAGAAAGACUGAAGCAUGAACUUGAGGCAGCAAAUCAGAGAGUGAAGACAUUGGAAGGGAACAUAGAGGCAGAGAGAGCAGCGCAUCUGGAGUCCAAGUUCAACUCUGAAAUCAUCCAGUUGCGCAUUCGAGAUCUGGAAGGGUCAUUACAAGUGGAAAAGGCCAGCCAGGCACAAACUGCUUCAGAUUUAGACCUUAUAAAAACUCAAUUCAAAGAAGUGGAAACUGCCUACAUCAGAGAGAAAGGCACUGCACAAGAUUUAUCAGCCAGGCUCCAGGCAUUGGAGGAAGAGUCUUCCUACAUGAUUAAUGAGUUUAAAGCAGAAAUUGAGAAGAAAAACAAGCAAAUUAUGGAUCUUUCUGGGAAGCUCAAGACUAGUGAGGAAAGCUUUGUCGCAGUGGAGCAGGACCUUGCAGUGACCAAGAAACACCAGUUCUCCCUGGAAGAGGCUUACGGACGCAUCGUGAGAGAUCUGCAGACACUGCUGGACAGCUGUAACGUGUCAAGCCAUGGUGUAUCAGGGACCUGCAGUGAUAAAUCUAAAUCUGCUGGCCCUGCUGUUCUUGAGGCCUUGAGAGAGACCUUGGUGGAUUACCAGAACAAGCUGGACAGCACGUGUAAUGAGCUGGAAACCAAAAAACGUGGGUGUGCCAAGAUGGCAGAGGAACUGGAGUCUUCCAAACAGAUGAUACAGUCUCUGUAUAAAAAUCUUCAGUGCACUCAAUCUCAGCAAGGGGUUUAUGAGAAGGAGUUACUCCGCAUGAGUGCAAUUUGUGUUGAAAAAGAGUCUCAAAUAGCCCAUCUGCAGACAGAACUGGUGAAAGCACAAGAUGCGUGGGAGAAGGAGAAACGGAGAGGAUCAGAAUCUGACAGUGAAAUACAAAAGAUGACCAAGGCAUUCCAGAAGGAUAAAGAGGAGAAGUUAUCGUUCCUGCACUGUUUAUACCAGCGCCUGGUAGCGGGUUGUGUGCUGAUAAAACAACCGGAGUGCAUGCUGGAUAAUUUUUCGUGGCCAGAACUCUGCUUGGUUUUGCAGGAAAAUGUAGAUGUCCUGAUCUCAGACUUGAACCGAGCUAAUGAAAAGCUGUCUAAUUUAGAAGAUGUUUGCAAGAACAAGGCUGAUGUGCUGAGAGAUCUGCAGCAGAGCCACGAAGGCUCACUGAAGAAGCUAUCUGAGCAUUGGAAAGCAGAACAACAUUCCUGGCAGAAACAAAACAGAGAUUUAGAAGAACAUUAUUCUGCACUCCUUAGGGAGCUCCAUGCAAGGGCACAGAAAUUUCAGAGACAUGCAGAAAAAUCAAAAGACAAAUUUACCAUUUCUGAGAAAACAAAAGAUCAGAUGGCCCUAGAAAAUGUACACCUAAAAAAUCUGCUAAUCAACACGGAGAAGGACCAUAAGUCUCUUCUUGCUGCCUGUGCUCUCAUGGCCGGUGCAUUGUAUCCACUGUAUAGUAGAACUUGCUCUUUAGCUGCGCAGAGAAAUUUCCUCCAAGAUCAAAUGAACACUUAUGUAGACGUUCAGAAUGAAAUCCGCAUGCUAGUUCAAGCUCUGUCUGACAAUGAACUUAAGAAAAAGCGACGUAGAAACCAUUCCAGAUGUAUGAGGUCUGUAUUUCGGCGAGGUGUCAUAGUAGUUUUGGCCAUUAAUAGGCUUCAGCGUCUUGGUGGAUCCAGUGGUUCUCUCUUCACGUGGAUGGAUGGCAUAAAGCAGGGACCCAGAAUUUUGGUGUGUCCAGGUGGAGCCCUUUCCAGGCACAGAAUAUCAGGACCAGAAGAUAAGCAGAUGCAUUGUAAAGAAGCUUGGAAAUGGCUUACCAACACUGAUCUUCUGUCUGCCGUAGUUAGUGCAAUGUCCGAAUUAACUGCACUUUUAAACAAGAAAGACUCCAUUUCUGGAUCUCCGGAACAGAUUAUUGAUGCAGCCAAGAACUGCUUUUCAAGGCUGAUGAACAAGCUGGAUGAGCAUAUUGAAACUACAGAUAGUUCUAUUGUCAUAUACCCUGACUCCCUUCUGCACAAACUUGCCUGUGGGCUUCAUAGAAUCAACUUCCAAAAAUCACAUUUGGAUCUUAAAAGUACCACUCCUAUUAUGAAGUGCCUUUCUGCUUUGAAAAAGCAAGUCCUUGCGUUCACACAGCGGCUUCAUACAGCCGAGUUGGAGAGACGAUCCUUGCGCCAAGAGCUUUCCGAUAUUAACCAAAAAUACAGCAAGCCGAGUUCUAAGGAGCAAAUCCAACCAUCCCAGGAAUCUAAAGUGGUUUCGUACCAGAAAUUCAGAACGGUCUUUGAUGAGCUGAAUAAUGCAUUGGGUCGGGAACAGGAAGCGCAGAUUCUUCUGAAUGAACAAUCUCAACAGAUGCUGGCACUUAAUUACAAAAUAGAACUGCACUCACAGGAGGAGGUGGAAAAGGAGCAAACCUUAUCCGAAGCAAUACAGAGUCUCUCUGAGGCAAAGAUAGAGCUGCGGAGAAGAGAUCAAUCCUUACGUCAGCAGAACAGACAGCUGACCCAGCUGGAGCAGGACAAGCGUCGGCUGGAACAGAGCAUCUGCAUUGCUGAGAGUGCCCUGCGAGUAGCAUCCAAGGAUAAGGAAGCCCUGUUGAACUACAUGAUAUCUGUAGCAGCGACCUUCCAGCAGAUUAAAGAUCAGUCUUCCUUGUCGCGGACAGCAUCAAGAGUUGAUUUUACUUUUCAACUUCCAAAACUGACACAUACAUUGUUUGAUCUGGAGGGAUACAUGGGAGGAGCGGAAUUCACAGCUUGCCAGAAUAUGAUCGGCUACUUCUUAGACAUCUAUCAGAUCGCAUACUCCAAAACAAGUGCUCUGGAAAGAGAAAUAGCCUCCUACCAAAAACACAUCGCAGCACUCAAAUCUGAGCUGCAGACUGCAUGCCUACGUGACACCAAGGAGUUGUCUGCGGUACAGUUUGAUGCCAGAUGUUUGCCAUACUCAAGAGCAGAAUUUCCGUGGGAGAGAGGUAUCCCAGACUUUUUACCACUACAGCCAGAGCUGGAUUUAUCACACAGUCACAUGAACUCCAACUAUGUGAACGGCACAUCUUUCAAACCUAUAGAAAAUGCAUCUGUUACAGAUCUUGAGCUGAUGACCAUGCAGGAGCUGCCGAAUAAGACAGAACUUUUCUCUCUUAAAACAGCAACGUAACAUCGCUGCUCUUUACAUUAAAGGAAUGACCUCCAGACAUUGUACAUGUGCUAUUUAAUCACCGUAGACACUGUGCACAUUGUGUUUUUAUAUAAAUGUAAUAAUUAACGUAUUUGUUAUACAGCAUUUUAUACCUGAAAACUUUUUAUUUAUUUUACAAAGGCCUGUAAUGAUAGUAUAUGUACACUCCGCUGCAUGCUGCUUAUACCGCUUAUGUAAUGGUAGCUCAUUGUUGCUCACUGACUGCUCUUGGUAAUGAAGCAGUUUGUCUUCUACUUUUUUGGAGUGUUCAUUUUUUAGUUGGAUUUUUCAGUUUAAAAGCAUAAAAAAAUUGGGGAUUAUAAAAUAUUGGGAGGGUAAAAUAGCGAGUGCUGUUACUCAGAUGUACUAAUUGUUAAUUAAUACCGAUUUAUUAUGAAAAACUCAUUAAUAUACCUUCUCACAAUAUAACCAGUUUACCAUAUAUACUCAGCAUCCAGCAAGGAUAAUUAUAUUUAUUUCAAGAAAGACAGUACACAACACUUCAUUUAAAGUAAUAUGUAUUUUCAUUGUGUUUCAGUGUAUCAAACAUGAUAUUAGCACUUGGGACCUUAUUCAGCUUCAGUUGCAGUAUUGCUAAAAUAGCAAAACUGCAACUGGCUGUGAUUGCACGCUGGGGGCCGCCCAGCCCAGGGCAAGGCCGCCCAGCAUGCUAAUGCCCACUAGCGAAGCAAUCGUAAUGUAAUUGUGAUCGCAUCGCUGGUUUGAGAAAGCCCCCCUGCCUCCGCAGGCAGGCACAGAACGGCCAUUUUCUGAGUGGCAGUGGCCACGUGUGACGUCACGCAGCCACCCCCAUUUUCGUCACCACACCCGCCCUAUGCGGAGUCUAUGUGACCACACGUUCAAGGGAUGGCUACCCCCUGAACGCCUCUGCCUGUCAAUCGGGCACAGGCGUCCGCAUAACUGAGAUGCGAUCGUAUCUCCCUGCCCUCGCACGUGCAGUAUGGGGCCUGUGCACGCGCACUAUGGCGGCCCCUGGGAGAAUGUGAAUCUUAGAAUGCAUCUCAGAUGCGUCCCACGAUGAAUCGGGCCCAUAAUAACAUUAACUGUUCCAUAACUAUAUAUAUUUACUGUGUGUUGGUGUGUAUGUACUUUAUAUAUACAACCGCAUCCUACCCUCUGCACUUUCUGGCUUUGCCCACUCGGUGCUGGGUCGUCCCAUCCACCAUCCAGCUCUGUCCGACCCUUCCUGCUCCCAUCCUUACCUCGUUCCCGGCCAGUCCUUCAUGUUCAUGUACUGAGUAUGCCAAGAUGUUGAAAGUCUCUUGAUAAAGUCCCUGUAUUAUACAACCGAAAUAUCGAUUAUUUUCAGAUUUUACCUGUGACCUUAUAUGUGUAUUGAAUUAUGUGCUACAUAUGGAGACUGCACCCUGUGAGCUGAAGAUUUAUAUAAUGUGCUGGCGACUCUUUGGAGAUAGAGAUAUAGAUAUAUAGAUAUAUAAAAGCUGCGAGCAGCUUUGCAUUUUCAAUCCUUAAUAAAUCAGGCCCUAUGUCUAUAUAUAAUUUUUACUUUUAACAUGUCCUGAAGUAGUUUUGGAGGUUACGCAAUAUUCUUCUCCUUCAUUAUGUAUUCUGUAUUUUGUUUUGUGGAAUCUUAUGACUUCUUGUGAUGGGACGUAACAGUCUUCAUUGUAAAAAUCUCCACCAUUUCAGUACAGCUCAUGUGGGCAUUCGG